CAUAGUGAACAUUUUGUAUACAACAAUUAUCGAGGGAUAUUAUAUUAUUAAAAACCAAAAAAUUACAAUUAAUAAAAGUUAAUAAUGCCGUUUGCUACUUUUACAAGGGUUCGAGAAGUAAGCAGCGAGGAUAAUGUUCAUUUGGCCGAAAAUUUGAUUAAAAUUCAACCCGGUAAGAAAUGGAAAACAAAGAAUGCCGGAGAGAGAUCCGCGUAUGUAAUUUUGGAGAUGUCAGAAUGUCAUCAGAUUACUGGAAUUGAUAUUGGUAAUGAACACUCGGCAUUUGUUGAAGUACUGGUGGGAAAAUCAGCUUCUACUCCUGAAGACUUUAAGGAAAUCUUAAUAACUUGUUCAUUUAUGACCCCCACUGAGAGUAAAAGUUCAAAUAAUACCAAUAGAGUGAGAUGUUUUAAUCGCGAAGCAUUGGUGCCAUCUAUUGCAGAUGGUAAAUGGUCAUUUGUAAAAAUAUUUUGCACUCAACCAUUUAACAAGCACGUUCCAUAUGGUUUAUCAUUUAUUAAAGUUCAUAUCAAUGAUAAUGAGAAUAAAAACUCUUUGGUAAUUCAAAAAAAUCUUGUUCCUGACCAGUUUCUUAAAAAGACAACAAAUGCUAUUGGCAAAUUAAAGUAUAGAGAGGACUCUCCAGACUCAGAAAGUGAAAAUAGUUCAAGCCUUUUUAAUCGGUGGAAGAAAUUGAAAGAUAAUGUUGUUGAGCCGACUACUGCUGCCGCCAUUAGAAUAGCUUCAAAAAAUCCUGUUCCUCGUCAGAUUAGUGAUGUUCAAAAGCCACAAACAUCCCAAUCUGUGAAGGUGGAUGAUAUAAUUCUUGAUCGAAAUCGGGACAAGUUAUUGUUUGGAGACGAAAAUGAUGACACGAACAAUGAAAAGCCAAAAAAACUAGAACGUUUAUCUCAACAAAUUGAGGCCGAUAAGGAAAGACGGCGUGUAGAGAGAGAAACUGAAAUAAGUAAAAACAAACGCAAAUCAUUGGAUGUUACAAAGUCAUUUGAAACUACAAAAAACAUAGAUGAUAAACUAAUAAAACCAUCUUGUUCAAAAACAUCCUUCAAUGGCAAUAAUUCUACGGCAUUAGAACCCGGUAAGAAACGACAGAGCUCACCUCCAGAAAAUCCAAUGAAAAAGAUGAAACCUUCAAUUAAGUUUAGACCGUUUAAUCAGUUGUUGAAAGGUGUAGUUUUGGUUAUAAGCGGAAUACAGAAUCCUGAUCGGGGAGACCUGAGAAAUAAAGCAAUGGCUUUGGGUGCAAAAUACAAAGCUGACUGGGACAGCACCUGUACACAUUUGAUAUGCGCAUUUAAAAAUACCCCAAAAUAUAACCAAGUUAGGGGUAAAGGAAAAAUUGUAACACGAAGCUGGAUUGAAAAGUGCUACGAUCUAAAAAAGUAUUUGCCAUGGAGAAGAUAUGCUUUAGAUAGCAUAGAAUUAUCCAAAUCUGAAAGUGAUGAGGAGAUUUUUGAUGAAACUCGGAAGCCUCAAAUUGAUGAAAACAGCAAUGAUACAUCAUUGAGAAAAUCUACAGAAGUAUCUGAAGUUAGUAACAAUACAUUAGCUUUAUAUAUGGAUGAUCAGCUUAAAACUAAUAACACGGCAUCUAAUAAUAUCGGAUCAUCUUCGGAGAGUGAUACUGACGAUGAAAUAAAACGAGUAAAACAAAAAACCAAUACAAUCGGCAUGAUACCACCAUCAUCUAAAACCGUGAACAUAUUUGAUGCAUCAACUGAUGAAGAAGACUACAUAAAUGAAAAAAUUCACCAGAGUAAAUAACUCUGCUAAAAACAAAAGAAUAAACAUGUAUAAACUCACCAAGUGAUCUAGUGUAAGUUUUUCGCAAGUUAUUCCGAAACUCGAUUCGCAAAAUUUAAAUGUUCAAAUUAUAUACAUACUGACUGUUUCCAUAGUCCAUUAUAACAAAGAAAAUACAUACAAAAUGUUAAAAUUAAAGUAUUCGAUUGGAAUAUAGAAAAUGAUAUUUAAUACAAUACAGAAA